AGUAUUACUUUAGUUUCCACUCUAUAUAUAGCCAUAUGAAUCGUGAUAAACAUCAUUCUAGCGAUUGUAAAUGUUUGGAUGGUGUGACAACGUUGUGUACCUAUUAUAUACUUGCCGAACAUUUACUGGUGUAGCGUGAUAAGUAGAAGGCGAUAGAAUGAUCUAGAUUCGACAUAAAGAUGCUUGGUAUAAUUGUAUCUGGUCGACUCGUCCAAACGGAUUUUCAACAGAUAGGAGAGAACCAGUUUUUAAUAACAGUACCUGAUGCAGAUAAUAUAAACCAUAUUGUAGUUUUUCUCACUGGUGCUAUACCAUUUCCUGAUGGAACAGGUGGCGCAGUGUAUUUCAGUUGGCCAGAUCCAACUGCUCCGCCUAAUUGGCAGUUUCUUGGGUAUAUUUCAAACGUCAAGCCAUCUGCCAUAUUCAAGAUAUCCACUCUGAAGAAGAAUCAUGAAUUCGAAAAUAGUAAUUUAGGAAUUUUUGGAGUGGGAAAGAUUUCUCAUGUAGCACAAAUAGGGGUUUCGGUGGAACCUAUUGGGGCUAUAGAACAACAAGCAGCUACAGUAACACAAGCCACGUCAAACUCCUUUUUAGAAUUUGUUCAGAAGAUGCUUACAAGCUUUUUGAAUUAUAUUUCGAGUUUUUCUGUGACACAAGCACAAAUGACACCAAACCCAACAGAAAACUUUGUACCGCUAUCUGUUAUUCAAGGAUGGUACGAAACUUUUGAGAGGAGAUUACAACAAAAUCCAAACUUCUGGAAAGCAUGAUGAGAAAGUGACUGACUCUCAAUAGUUCGUUUCCAUUUUGUAUAGUGAUGCGUCAUUUUUCAGCACUCGUACUUGUGUUCGCAACGUAUGAUAUAAUACCGAACCACGACGCGUUAUACGCAUGAAUUCAAAUUUUUUAUAUUAUCAUUGAAGAACAAUAUGAUGAUAAUAACAAGAGUAAUUAUGACGCUGCCACGUAUCUUAUCCGAAAAUGCAAAAUUUGUUAUCUGUAAGUGUUUAGCAUAAAUUCAUUGUGUUUUUA